CACCUACAUAAUCUUUGUAAUUUGUAGGCUAGAGUAAAGGCCAUACCAAGUGUGUUUGUGCGUACAUGAUCUAUCCAUCUAUGCAGGCCGUGUGCUAAAACACCACGAAGCGUGUGUGAACUGAACUCUGAAGUAACGACGCCGAAUCGCCGAGAAUCCGAGCAUCGGUAGUCACUGGUACAAGUGGUACGUAGUUAGCAGGUUCGGCCGCGAGAGGGUAGACUAUCUACCGUCGGCGUCCAUAGUUUUGCUCCGAGCCACAGCGAAUGAUCGAUAGUCACUGUACUCUGUAGUACAUUGUAGCGAAGUGACUUCAUUCGUUCGACGUGCGGUGAUCAUAACAAGGCAGUCAGUUGUUGGCAUUGAAUGUUGGCGUGAGGAAGAGUCCACAAACCCUGUGGGCCUUGGCCUGGACUUUGAGGAUAACAAUGACUUCUCGUGAUGCUCCGUUUGGUACGGACGAACAGCCACGGUACGACACAAAAAUCGUGGGAGGAAGAUCAGUUCUGCGUCCUAUCGACACUCAGAAAGAUGUUACCGCCCUGGACUCGACAAGGAACGAGAAUGCAUCGGAGUUUUCUGCCCUUGGGAUAAAACAGGGCAAUGACAACGUUCGAUCUAUGAACAAACUGGAUUUGGGCAAGGAGUGUCCCGGAGGAGCCAAAGAGCUGAACAGCCAUUGGCAUAACACUAUUCCCGACACGCCGGUUCUGGCCGGGCGAAAAGUGCUGCGGAAAGAGGAUUUGCCGGGUGGUGAACAGAUUUCGCGUUUAGGACCGUCAUCCCUCCCGAUGACAAUUGGUCAUCCCAGCGUCUUACCGCCCAUCGCUAGCACGGCUGGUGCGGGCGAUGUGAAUGUGGAGCGCAGCUGCGGUGAGUCCUCCAUGCUCGACCAAUCUCUGUGUGCUAACAAUACCUUGCCGGGGCGGUGCAGCACAGGCGCUGCUGCUGCUGCUCAGGGUAGAUCUACUACAUGUAGUACUGCUGUUAGAGACAUCUGCGAUGAGAUACCCGCAAUGAUGCUAGAUAGGCAACAGAUGUACGACUUGCUGAAAGAACUGCAAGUGAUCAAUGUGACUAAAAGUGGCCUGCUAACUGAGGAGAGGCUGCAGCAUAUCACCAGAGACAUCUGCCCCAGCCUUAGCCAGGCAGCCGUAUCAAAGUUUGUUGAGAGAUACCGAUCCGAACAUACGCUGGAUGGUGACAAUGAAAGAAGGCUACUCAUUGACUGUGCUGCGAUAAUUGCUUUCCUUGAGCGUCUUAUGCCACCGGCAUCCCAGCAUGAUAUAGAAAUGUCAACCAUGCUAUCACAGGCAAGUGUCACACAAGUAGGAUCGGCGCCAAAGGCAUUCGAGCUCAAUCGACUUAGUGCACUCAAGCGGCAAAUGUCGUCGUCAGAACCUUCCCUGCUUACCAUCGGUCAGCGUCCAGCCCCUCAUGCUGUCUCCAUGAAACUGCCUACGCCGCAAGUCAAGAAGGAGAUGGCAGCAAACGAUGCCCUGAAUAUCUCCUCGGCCAUCCUAGCGUCAACACAACAGAAAGACAUGCAGCUGGAGCAAAGAGAGAGCGCCGAGCGAUUGCGUCAACGCCAUGAUGCCAAACUACUGCUGGCCGUGGAGAGAGACUGGAUGGAAGCCAUGCAAUCUGCGAAUAGCACAGCAGCGGAACAGUGCAACAUUGACUUUCAGGCGUUCCAGCUUGCACUGGGACAGCUGGAUUCAGAAAGGACGGGAUCUACGCUAUACUCACAGGUACUGCAAGCAUGCCGGCAACACAAGCUGCCUAUCUCCACGCAGACACUACAUCAUCUUUGUCGUAGGUGUGAUCACAGCAGCGAUGGCUAUGUCAGAUGGGUAGAGCUGUUAGAUUUCUUGGAGCGGGCACGGCCCAUUCAACUGCAAGGUGCGAGCACUGGGAGUGAUGGGACUGCAAACGGAACGCAACACAGACCAAACCAACACUUCCAGAAGAAGCCGUCCGGUUUGAGUGCAAUGACUUUACUUCCUGAGUCCCUCAGCAUAGAGGCUCCCGGUCAGUACAGUAAACUUCAUCUUCCGAAGAUCGAACGACUAAAGGCCGAAUCACCAACGACCGCGAUACUAAAAUCACCCAGUAUGAAUUCACUGUGUGAUAAAAACAAGGCUCUGCAGGGAAUGCGACGUUUGCAAGCGGCUUUGAAGAUGUCCGCUGAUUCCAGUUCUGCAGGAGGACAAACUGAUGUGAGUACUGCGCAGCGUCUUGUCAACAUGCACAACACUGUCUACCAGUUUUCCCUUCCGACUGACUGCAUUCAACGAUUCAUCUUGGAGAGUCGUGUACCAGCCAUUGAUGAUGGGCUGUCAGUAUCAGCGCAACGCUGCAGCUCAGCUGGAUCGCACAAUUCAAAAGCGUCUCAGAAGCAUCUGGAUGUACGGAAGAACCUGUCUUGCAGCAGUGCUAGCUCGAUGGGACGGCCACGCACACCAUGUCCUGUUCUAAUAUCAAUGCUUGUCAAGAAAUUAUGUGACCACCUGGAUAUCAGCGAGGUCGAGAUGGAGGACAGCAAAGAUUCUGAACCAGUGGCUGACCUGUGAUGAACAAUGUAAAGCUAGCUUCAGAAGUUAUUUCCACCGCACCAGUAUGCAAGCAUUACUGGGUUGCAUUGCACUGAUUUGUGAACAUGUUCAGCACUACGCUACACGCAUCAACAGGUGACCCAACUAACUUGAUCUCUUGUUGCAAUCCACGUCGCCAUUCUUCCAGGACAUUCGGCGAAUUUGUCUUUUCAAGACUCACUCAUUUGACCUAUCAGUUUAUAGUUUAUACCAACGGAAGUAUCAGCACAAGUAUCAGCUCACCGUCACUCUAUAGCUCUGGCUAAAGAAAUUCGACUUCAUGAAUAAAGUUAUUUGCAACCGCA